AUGCCUGCAAUCGAAAAAGGCUCGACCGUCCUGGUCACUGGCGCAAAUGGUUUCAUCGCUUCCCACAUUGUCGACCAGCUUCUCCAGCUGAACUACAAGGUCCGCGGUACCGUACGAACAGAAGCAAAAGGCAAAUGGGUUCAAGACUUCUUCGACAACAAGUAUGGUCAGGGCAAGCUCGAGCUUGUCGUUGUGCCUGCCAUGGAGACCAAGGGCGCAUUCGAUGAUGCCGUCAAGGGUAUUGAUCUUGAUGCCUUCCUGCUGCAGCGAUACAGGACUGAUGCUCUACAGNGCUGCGAGGGUGUUGUUCACGUCGCUACCAACAUCUCCUUCUCCAAGAACCCAAACGAUGUCAUCCCUAGUGUUAUCGCCGGUGUGACCCAUACCCUCGACGCCGCCAACAAGGAACCUUCGGUCAAGAGAUUCGUCUUUACAUCGUCUUCUACUGCUGCCACAAACCCCGUGCCAAACAAGGAGUUCAACAUUGACGAGAAUUCCUGGAACCAAAUCGCUAUCGACAAGGCUUGGGCCGACCCACCCUACACCGAGGACGACAGAGCGUGGAACGUUUAUGGCGCAAGCAAGACUCAAGGAGAACAGGCUGUCUGGAAAUACGUCAAGGAGACCAACCCUCACUUCGAGUGCGAUACCGUCCUGCCCAAUGCAAACUUUGGCCCCAUCCUUGAAAAGAGCCAGGAUGCAAGCACUGCUGGUUGGAUCAGAGACAUCUUCACCAAGGGCUUCGCUCCUCAACUCGAGCAGAUUCCACCCCGUAUGUUGUCUCUGUCUUCGUGCACAGCUGUUCAUAGACUAAUCCGUACAGAAUGGUUCGUCAACGUCCAAGACACCGCUCGCCUGCACAUCGCCGCCCUCAUCGACGCUGACAUCAAGAACGAACGUAUCUUUGCCUUUGCCGAGCCAUACAACUGGAACUCGGUCCUCGCCGCCAUGCGCAAGGCCCGUCCCGACAAGAAGGUUCCUGAAGACCUCAAAGACAACAGCAAGGAUUUGAGCAAGGUUCUGCCCAAAGCUCGUGCUGAGGAGAUUUUGAAGAAGCACUUUGGUCAGACCGGCUUCGUUGGCCUCGAGGAGUCGAUCAAGCAGAACAUCGCGAACCUGUAG